AUGCCCACGCUCAUUUUAGUGAAAUGUCUGGGGUCACUCCGCGCGUGCAAGUUAGGACGACGCCGGCGUCGCCGCGCCGCUGCUGGGGCUGCAGGCUCCGGGCCCCGCUCGCGUUCGAUCAGAAACUCUGACAGAGCAGCCCAGGCCGGACCGCGGGCCGCGAGCGGCCGCGCGCGCUGCACUGCAGCCACUGCCUCUUCCGGAUCAGCAUCUCCCCGCGCCCCGGGCGCCCAAUGUCAUGGAGGCGCGCGGAACGGGGCUGCGCGCGGCCGUUCCAACCUGGGGCUGCCGGGCCGCUCAGCCACCGCCGGGGCUGUACUGCGGAGGCUGCGGACCGUGCGCUGGAGUGGAGGGAGCGGGGCGAGGCCGCCGCCGCUACGCGCCGGGGCCCCGGCUCAGGCGCUGCUGCGAAGACACCUAGCGCUGCAGUCCCGGGGACCGCUCGCGACCUCCUUUUUUCAUUCACAAAAAAGGAAAGGAAAAAAAAAAAAAAAAAAAACGGGAAAAGUAAAAAAGGGAGACGAGGGGGAGAAAAAAAUCGCACCCAGGAACGGCAGCUGUGACAGGGACCGCCCACCGUGGCGCGCGGCCUCCGCCACUUGCCCACAGGGGGACAACAGCGUUUCCAUACCUGUGCCACCUUUGGAGUUUUCCUGGCACCUGUGGGCCUUCCUCUCUCCACCAUCUCUGCAGCUACAGCCUGAGCCUCUGAUGGCCACGGCCCAUACUCCAGAGAGCUACCUGGGCACUUUCUGGACCCUCGAUUCCAUCCUUCCUGCUGCUCAAGACAACCUUAUGGAAGCUCCAGGGUCAAGGAUCUGGUACCUCACUCUCAUCUUUGCCCAGCCCUCCAAUGCCAGAAUCUGGAAAACAGGGCCAUACCUGAGGCUGGGUUUCCUCGCCAGCAAGCAAGGAGUCAUCAAUGACCCACUCCGUGCUAUUCCCUGUCCAGCUGUCAGCAGCAGCAGCCGUCACAGCACAGAGCUACAAGUAAUACCACGAAGGCCACCACAGAAGCCUGCCAAGGAAAUGCAUGAUAUGCAGCGACGGUGCAGAUCUGGCCCACAUCUCCUGGGGUGGAUUUCUCAAGACAGGACUCACCAUCAGCCUUCUUGGUACUUGGCCCUCCAACGAUGCAUGGAGGAGAAUGGUGUACAAGCCCCUGGAGCUGAGUUGGGAACUGAUGUCCAUCCCUGCAGGGAAGUUGAUGCAGAACUGAGAACCAGGAAGCUGGCUGCUGGGAGGAAUCAGAGCCAGAGGUUGAGUCCAGUUGUCCUGACCGCAGGCCACCUCCCAGGCCUGAGAGGUUGGGAAGAGGCAACGUAGAGAUACUAAGAGCCCUGCCAGGUCAAAGGAGUGUGACCAGCCUGUGCCACCAAGUCACACUGCCUAACCUGGCCUUCCCUUUUUGAAAACAAUAAGACUUGUUUGAUCAUCGAUUCCUGUCGGCAUUCUCUCUUUCUUUCAUUUUCAUUUCUGGAAUGCAUGUUAA